CAAACAUCCACCAUUUUCUUCAAGCCUUUAUCCAAUCAAUCACGCAGCUAUAUAUUCCUUGCUUCCUAUCGCUCUUCCUCUUGAAUUGAAACUCAAAGGCAUCCACAAACUAAGAUCUUACUUACAGAAACCAACUUCAGAAUAACAGGCGCUAUGGAAGCUCUCAGAGCUUCCUCUCUCUCUUCGUUUCACCUCACAAAACUAUCUACAAGACAUUGCAGUACCCAAUUUGAGAAAACUAAUUUGAAUUAUCCACCAAGUCGACGACCCAAUUCUGCUCUUUCAUCAUUUCACCGCAACAAACCACAAUUCAAGCUAUUUAACGCCAUUUCUUCACCUUUUUUAACUGAAUCCAUAGACCCACCCGAAAAAGAAACUGAAAUUCAAAACCCAGAAGAACAAUUUGAUUGGUUUGCGCAUUGGUAUCCGAUCAUGCCGGUUUGCGACCUUGAUAAGAGGAAGCCACAUGGGAAGAAGGUGAUAGGUCUUGAUGUUGUGGUUUGGUGGGAUAGAAAUGAGAGUGAAUGGAAGGUGUUUGACGAUAGUUGUCCUCAUAGGUUGGCUCCAUUGUCUGAGGGAAGGAUUGAUCAGUGGGGCCGCUUGCAGUGUGUAUACCAUGGUUGGUGUUUUGGUGGCACUGGUGAUUGCAAAUUCAUUCCCCAAGCACCCCGAGAUGGUCCUCCGGUUAACACAUUCAAAAAAGCAUGUGUAGCUGUUUAUCCAAGUUGUGUGCAAAAUGGCAUUGUUUGGUUCUGGCCGAACACUGAUCCUCAAUACAGGGAUAUCCUUCUGAAGAAAAGACCCCCCUAUAUCCCAGAAAUUGAUGAUCCAUCUUAUACUAAGUUAAUUAUAAAUCGAGAUAUACAAUAUGGGUAUGAGGUGCUGAUUGAAAAUCUCAUGGACCCUGCUCAUGUACCAUAUGCACACUAUGGCAUCAUGCGAGUUCCAAAACGUCCAAAAAGUGUGAAGGCUGAUAGAGAAGGGGGCCGACCACUUGAAAUAAGUAUACAGAAAGUAGACCUAAAUGGUUUUACUGCAAAGCAACAGUUCGGCGCCAGCACUUUUAUUGCUCCUUGUGUGUAUUAUGGUUUUUUCAGUCCUGGGGGGAUUCCAGAUAAUGGAUCUGCAUCAUCAGCAAGCACCACAGAGGGGCCAUCAUCACUUGUAUCACAAAAAAGAGCCCUUUUAGUUUUCUUCUGUAUCCCAGUAAGUCCGGGCAAUAGCAGAUUGAUAUUUACUGCUCCAAGAAAUUUCAGUGUUUGGAUUGACCGAGUAGUUCCACGAUGGAUAUUUCAUGUGGGACAAAACUUGAUUCUGGAUUCAGAUUUGUAUCUUCUUCACGUGGAGGAGCGCAAAAUAAGGGAUGUUGGUCCUUCCAACUGGCAGAAAGCUUGUUUUGUGCCAACAAAGGCAGAUGCUAUUGUAGUUUCUUUCAGACGGUGGUUAAACAAGUAUGCAGGCGGUCAGUUUGAUUGGGGAACCAAGUACAGUGGAGCCCUUCCACCGACUCCUCCUAGAGAGCAGCUUCUGGACAGGUACUGGUCCCAUGUGGUGAAUUGCCAGAGUUGCAAUCUUGCAUAUAAGGGUCUCAAUGCACUUGAGAUACUCCUGCAGGUCAUCUCCUUUGCUUCAAUUGGGAUAGUUGCUGCAGCCAAGCAGGGUAUGAUUUCAGCUGCUUCAAGGAAUACGUUGGUCACCAUGGCUGUAUUAUGCUUUGUGGCUUCAAAGUGGUUGUCUCACUUCAUCUACAAAACUUUCCAUUUCCAUGAUUAUGACCACGCCUUCCGCUGAUACUCGAUGCUCUUUUGUUGUCUGGCUUUUAAAGUGCUGUACAGUUAAGAUAAACUGGUAAUAUCAAUUCCCACUUUGAGUUUGUAUAUACCUGCGGUUUGCCAAAAUAGGUAAUAAGAAUUUGAGCAAUGCUACAUGGACUUGAAAAACAGACUUAAAAACUAGACUUGAUAAUCUUAACCAUUGAUUUCACUGUAGGUUCCAGUAUUUAUUGGGAUUCACUACCUCUUCAAUGGUUGAGAUUAUCAAGUCUAAUUUUUAAGUCUAUUUUUUAAGUCUAUCUAGUAUUUAUCUAAAAAUUCUUCUUGUUAAAUUGAUUGGCCAGGUGUCAUUAUUUCACAGACAUAAACGAAUACAGGAAAUGUUUUCUGCCAUUAGAGGGGGCCAUUGGUUUUUCAAUUCAGUUGUCAUGCUGACUUUUGAAAUUGUAGAGACGCCAGGUUUAUACAUCCACUCAACCCGGUCUCUGGACUGAUGGACCUGAAUUAAAUACACCAAUGGCCAUUUUCGGAACAUACAUUGAGAAAAUUGCUAAAAUAUGCUGGAUUUGAGCCAUACAUAAGCAGCUCUUUUGUUUAUCUGGCUGGGGAAUCGCUGGAGUUUUACACUUUCUACAUGACAUUUCAAAUGUACAUAUUGUUUUGCUGGUAAUACUGGAUAUAUAGAAGCACAUCCUGAAUUUUUAUGAGAAACACACAAUCCAUUCUAUGUCUCCCGAAUUCAUAUUCAGGGCUUCCUUAUUC